AUGGGUCAUCCAGCAGGUCUCCGCGCCGGUACUCGGUAUGCAUUCAGCAGAAACUUUAAGGAUCAUGGUAUGAUCAAGUUGUCGACCUACUUGCGCCAAUACAAGGUCGGAGACAUCGUUGAUAUCAAGGCAAACGGUGCCGUUCAAAAGGGUAUGCCCCAUAAGGUUUACCACGGAAAGACUGGUGUCGUCUACAACGUUACCAAGAGUGCCGUUGGUGUCAUCAUCUACAAGAAGGUCAAGCACAGAUACAUCGAGAAGCGUGUCAACCUCCGAAUUGAGCACGUUUCCCUCUCCCGCUCAAGAGAGGAGUUCGUCCGCAGAGUCAAGAAGAACGCCGAGUUGAAGAAGCAAUCGAAGACCGACGGUACCCACGUUCACUUGAAGAGACAACCAGCCAUGCCAAGAGAAGCCAGGACCAUUUCGAUGAAGGAUAACGUACCAGAGACAAUUAUGCCAAUCGCAUACGAGACGACUAUCUAA